AACAAUCACGUGACGGUCUUUCAGUAAACAACUAAGAUGCUUAUUGUUCUAGGAGAAGAGCACAAGGAGCAUUUGAGUUUUCUUAGUACUGUAGACGUUGAAGUGGUGAGAGAGUUCUGUCGUAUUGCUGUUGACUUUCUAAAGAAGGGAGUCACUGCCAAAGUCUAUCAGUCUGCAUCUCAAAAACUUGGUGUAGAUGCACAAACUGUCCAACAUGGCGUAGAAGGUCUUAUGUAUUUGAUGACAGAAUGUGCCAAACUCAUGGUGUCCGAAAUCGACUUUCAGGACUCGGUUAUGGUGCUCGGAUUUCCUGAAGAACUCAAUGAGGAAUUACUGAAGCUUUACCUGGAGAAUAGGAAGGAAAUAAGGGCGAUACUAGGAGAGAUGUCAAUGGACCUUCCUCACUACCAUAACUUGGAAUGGAGACUGGACGUGCAGUUGGCAAGUCGGACUCUUAGACAUCAAGUGGAUCCCACAGUGACAUUGAAACUACACACCAAAGACUCAGGAGAGUCUGCAGUGCAAAUUCUACAGACAGACCCUGUCAACUUAGUACACCUAACAAAUACAUUAGAUAGGGCACUGGCUGAAGUGAAAACAAUGCAUUGUCGUCGCAUCAUGAGGAACAUCAAAUCAUGAGAAACUUUCAAAUCGUAGACACACCCCUUUUCAUUACUUCUAUUGCUUAUGAGAUUAUGUGUUGUGUAUGUAGCGUAUACCAUUCAUAGAACGAGUCUGUCCUCCUGUUGCAUCAGCUCUUUCUCAACCAGAGCAUCUCGUCUGUUUUGUUCUUGUUGCUUUACGAAACACUGUUUCUUGCACUGCAUGAGUUUAGUCACAUCCUACAAUACAUGUAUAUCAAACUUGUAGUCCCCGA